GGCGCCAAGGCCAGCGCUCUCCCCGCGCAGGGCACCCGCUCGCCGCUGCUGGGCACUUCGGCACCAUGGGGAAGCUGGUGGCGCUGACUCUGCUGGGGGCAAGCCUGGCCCUAAUCGGGGAGAGGUUACUGGCAUUUAGACAAAGAAUUAAUGCAUCAAGAGAAGUAGAGCCAGUAGAACUCCCAAACUGCCAACUUAUUGAGGCAAUCGAAGCUGGUUCUGAAGAUAUUGAUAUUCUUCCUACUGGGCUGGCUUUUAUCUCCAGUGGAUUAAAAUAUCCAGGUGUGCCAAAUUUUGCACCAGAUGAACCAGGAAAAAUCUUCUUGAUGGAUCUGAAUGAGCAAAACCCAGUGGCACAGGAACUAAAAAUCAGUGAUGGAUUUGACAAGGCAUCAUUUAAUCCACAUGGGAUCAGUACUUUCAUUGACAAAGACCAUACUGUGUAUCUUUAUGUUGUGAGUCAUCCUCACCUGGAGUCCACUGUGGAGGUCUUUAAAUUUGAGGAGCAACAUCGUUCUCUUGUGCACCUGAAAACUAUAAAACAUGAACUUCUUGAAAGUGUGAAUGACAUUGUGGUUCUUGGACCAGAACAGUUCUAUGCCACCAGAGACCGCUAUUUUACUACCUUCUUCUUAUUAAUAUUAGAAAUGAUCUUGGAUCUUCGCUGGAAAUAUGUUCUAUUCUAUAGUCCAAAGGAAGUCAAAGUGGUGGCUAAAGGAUUUAGUUCUGCCAAUGGGAUCACAGUCUCACUAGACAAGAAGUAUAUCUAUGUAGCUGAUCCAUUCACUAAGAGCAUUCAUGUAAUGAAAAGACAUGAUAACUGGGAUUUAACUCAACUGAAGGUGAUACAGUUGGACUCUUCAGUGGAUAACUUAACUGUCGAUCCUGCUACGGGAGAUGUUCUGGCGGGGUGCCACCCUAAUGCCAUGAAGCUGAUCAUCUAUGACCCCAGGGAUCCUCCGGGGUCAGAACAAAAUUUUGUUCCUGAACAUCACCAGCACUCUUUACUUCCAGCUGAAUCUCAUGUCUUCUACACAGAGAUGUAGCUUAAGUAUUUUUAUGUAAGAAUCCUGAGAUCAAGGUGUAGGUCCCUUCUUAUGAAAAUUUUUUAACAAAAUAAAAACUAUUCUAAUGAGAUGUCUGAAUAGACUCAUGUGUGUUUCUAACUGUUAUGUUAAAAAUUCCUAUCAUUUUUUGUUUGAGUGAACUUCAUCCAGGCUAUUGGGAAACCUGAGCUCUUAUAUAUUUACUUAUUAGCAAAGUAAAUUGUGUUAAUCCUGGGGAUCAAUAACAGUGCUAGGCAAUGAGGUGUCAGAUUGAAUUCCAAAACAUGCAUUCUUUAUACUUCUUAGUCACUUUGUGGGUGGGAGGGAGCUCCUGCUAUGACAACUGCCACCCCACUGCUUGCCAGUUUGGGUUGACUGGCUUACUGGGUGUCCCUUUGUCAUUUCAUCUUGUUUUCCUCUCCUCAUGCUGUGGGCUUAGUCAAAGGCAAGACCAUUCUCACAACAGAAGGACCACCCCCAGCUCAAGAAUUAGAUAAGACCAUCCAGUGGCUCUUACCGCCCCAUGACAGAGAUGUCCGAGCAAUCAAAAUUGCAUAAACCAUCUGUUUGGGAAUUUGGCUAAUGUCAGAUUGCCAAUCCACUUUAGUGGAUAGAUAUGAAUAGGUCAUCAGUAGUUUAAUUAGACAAGCAGACUGGUGAGGAUAUUCUCAUCUCUGAAAACCAUAUUAAUCCUUGUCUUAGCUUCCUAGGUCUGCUAUAACCAAGUACCACAAACUGGGUGGCUUAAAACAACAGAACUUUAUUGUCUCACAGUUUUGGAGGCUAGAAGUGUGAAUCAAGGCCGUGCUUCCUCUGAAGUCUGCAGGGUCUGACUGUGUCUUGCCAGAAAGCCAUAACUCAAUCUCUGCCUCUGUCUCAUGGCUAUCUUUUCUCUCUGUCUGUGUCCAAGUUUCCUCUCCUUGUACGGAUACCAUCAGAUUGAACUAUGGCCAACCCUAAUCCAAUUUGGCCUCAGUUUAAUAGUGUUUUCAAAGAAUGUAUUUCCAAAUAUGAUCACAUUCAUGAGACCAGGGUUUAGGACUUGAACCUGUCUUUCUGGGGGACACAAUUCAGUCCAUAAUGGUCUUGGAAUAUGAGGGAGGGGAAGUGUCACUGGGUGUCUGACUGCUCAUACUGGCUACUAAU